GGAAGCUCAGCUCAAAAUGCUGAACUGCUCUGUGCAAGUCGCUGGUGUGGUGGUGGUUGGAGUCUGUCCUCGGGCCUGAGCCUCGAGGCCAGGCUCCCGAGUGUCGUUAAUGUUCGGGGCCGCCGGGCGCCAACCGAUCGGAGCUCCCGCCGCCGGGAACAGCUGGCACUUCAGCCGCACCAUGGAGGAGCUGGUUCACGACCUCGUCUCUGCGCUGGAGGAGAGCUCGGAGCAGGCCCGCGGCGGCUUCGCUGAGGCCGGGGACCACGCUCGCAGCCUGUCCUGCCCGCUGAAGCGCCAGGCGAGGAAGAGGCGAGGGCGCAAACGGAGGUCCUACAACGUCCACCACCCGUGGGAGGCCGGCCACUGCCUGAGCGAGGGCUCCGAUUCUAGCUUGGAGGACGCGAGCAAGGACUACAGAGAGAACCACGGCGGCGGUAAAAAGGAUCACAGUGACUCUGACGACCAGAUGCUCGUGGCCAAGCGCAGGCCCUCGUCAAACCUGAACAACAACGUGCGGGGCAAGAGGCCUCUGUGGCACGAGCCCGACCUCGCGCUGGACAGUCUGGGCAACCGGACCCUGCGCCGCCGGCGGAAGGUCAAGCGCAUGGCCGUGGACCUGCCGCACGACUUCUCCAGCAAGCGCACCAUGACCCAGCCCCCGGACAGCUGCAGGGACCAGGACGUGGACAACGACAGAGCUUACCAGUACCAAGAGUUUACCAGGAGCAAAGUCAAGAAGAGGAAACUGCGAAUCAUCAGGCAAGGACCCAAAAUCCAAGAUGAAGGAGUAGUUUUGGAAGGCGAGAUGAGCCAGACCGGUAAGGACAAAAUGGAGUAUGAAGAACAGAAAGUCUCCGACGAGCUCAUGAGCGAAAGUGAUUCCAGCAGCCUCAGCAGCACUGAUGCCGGGUUGUUCACCAAUGACGAAGGAAGGCAAGGUGACGACGAGCAGAGUGACUGGUUUUAUGAAAAGGAGUCGGGUGGUGCGUGCGGCAUCACGGGAGUCGUGCCCUGGUGGGAAAAGGAAGAUCCGGCUGAGCUAGACAAAAACUUACCAGACCCUGUCUUUGAAAGUAUCUUAACUGGCUCUUUCCCCCUUAUGUCACAUCCCGGGAGAAGAGGUUUCCAAGCUAGACUCAGUCGCCUUCAUGGGAUGCCUCCCAAGAACAUUAAAAAGUCUGGAGGGACCCCCACUUCAAUGGCUACAAACUGGACCCGUGAGAUUCCCCUAUAAACCAAAUCUUCUAAUGCUAAUAAAUUAGUUACGUUUUCAACAUCUGGGGAAUGGCACUCGAGGGACCCUGGCUCCUGUCCUCUUCCCCCGGAGGGAUGUCACUGAACUGAGAAAGAUGGGGCUGGUUUUGCCGGAGAACUGCUAUUCUGCCUCUAGUCAGACCUGAACCUGGUUGGGGAGGCUUUUCUAGGGAUCUAGGUCGGCCCGGGGGGGGGGGGGUAGAAACUGCUGUACAUUUUAUAUAUUUUCUCCUUCAUGAUUUUUUUUACAUUGAAACCAUUUAUGUAUCACUUGCUUUGCCAAACUGCUAACGAAAGCUAGAAAAUCAAAACCAUCCAGAUACCACAUAAGUAUUCCUUACUGUUUUUAUAUUGUAACUAGUUAAGCACUAAUUUUUACAUUACCUGUUAUGAAUAAAAAUGUAAUGCAUUAGCAUUUAUGGUUGAUUUUUAGAGAAAUCUUACAUAACCAGCAUUAUUUAAAAUAUUUGCAUUUUACUCAGGGUAUUUUUAACAAGGGCUGAGAUGAGUUAGUAGGGAGGGUUGAUAAUUUUUGCUAGAGAUUGUACUUUGCUUGUUUGCUUCCUACUUGGAUCAUCUGCUCUGUAUUGCGAACUCAUUGUAUUUUAUUCUGUAGUGUUCACUGUACUGCAAACAUCACCCUAGUUUUAAACUAGCCACCGUGGUCACCAGUCUGUGCUAGUAGAGUUGUUUACUAUUACCUUUAAAUCAUGCACCUUGUCUGAUGAUACCUGAAACCAAUCAAAAUGACUGCUUUGGGUUAGCGCUUAUGGAACUUGUGUGACAACUGAUAUUGCAACCAAUACUGUAUGGUGCGGAAUCACACUGUCAUGUUUCAAAGUGAGAGCUGUGUGCUCACUCCCGAAGUGACAGAACGUGUGCGUCACCGAGUCGGGAUACUGGCCUGAGCUCGUUUUCCCCACGCAGAGAGAGAUGUCAUGUUCCUGUUGGUGGUGUAAUUUAGACACUGCACUGCGUGCAGGCCAUUGGAGUUUUGCAGAAUGGUGAUCUUAAAAUGAUCAAUAUUUUCAUUAAGUUCCAAUAAUGGGUGAAAACUGUGAUUUAACACAUGUAUUUUUAUAUUAUUGUAUGGAUUGUUAAUUCGUCAUUUAAUGGCCCACUUAAAUAUGGGGCUUGGAAAGGAAACUCAAGGUUGACAUUUCCUUUACACAGAGUCAUCACAAUCUGAAAGAUUUCAGCAAAGAUGUUAAGUGGGAAUGUGUGACAUCUUUCAGAUUGCUUGUCUAAACUGGAGAGAUGAAAAAUGGUGAAGUGCAACUUUGAGUCUCUUUUUUACCUUUGCAUAUUUAAAGUGAUAUUUUAGAGAUUCAAUAAUGUGGUGUUUUGUAAUUGUAAGUAAGCUUUUCUGUGCUAUGUCUUUUGUGGUGAAAACUCGUGAUUUUCCCCCCCCGAAUUACACAAAUGCUUUUAUUUUGUAUAAUGACUGUCUUUUGGAUCUGAACAAGUCACUUUAAGACCUUGGCCUGUGAACUUUGCCUUACCAAUCAUGAAUCUAGAUGUAUGCUGUCUAUCUAGUUCUUGGUUCAGUUUUACCUAUUUUUACUUUUGGCUCAUUGCUUGCUUGAGCAGAGCUGGGAUUUGUAGCCCAUUUUCUAGGCUUAUUGCAAUCUCGCUGUGGUGUUUUACAGAAGCUAUUACAACUGAUAGGCUAGCUUCAUGGCUUUGAUGAUACAUGGCUCAACCACAGUAAAAAGCUGCCUUUCCUCUCUAAAUUGUAAAAAGGUGAUUAAGUUUCACUUGAUGGAGAUAUACUCUGUAUGUGUGUGUUUAUCACGACACCAGUGCGUUGGGCUGUAAACUGUUUUCCCAGUGUAUGUUUUUUGUAUUCUGAAUCUUGCUGAAGACAAUGGGCUUUUUCAGGUUUCUUUUUCUCAAACCUGGAAUUGUCCUUGUUUGGAUUUUUAAGUACUGUAAUUUCUUUUUUCAAUAAAAUAUCUGACUUGGGCAAGAAAGGUAAGAGUUCCAACUUGUGCUGAUAUUUUAAAACUCCUCUGCCAUACUUUCGUUUUUGUUGCCGUUUGUGUUGUCCGUAUUAUCUCCAACAGUCUUAUUUUUAAAAAUUCGUAAUCUCACAAAAACAGCCGUCAUUAGACAGUCCCCAUGACAUCCGGUAAUAAGAAAUGAAAUUGAAUUCCCUAGAUUUUUCACAUCGGAAGACCACAUUGCCUUGAAGAGAGAUUAGUUUUCUGGGCACAGGGAAACACAUGUCAAUGCAGCCUAUGAAAAAGAAUGGCGACAGAAAAGAAUUUUUUGUUUUACACAGCUGAGUGACGACUGCACAGAUAUGAUGAUGGUCUUCGAAGGAAAUGACAGGAGAAGAAUCUUUUACUAAAACGUUAAUGCAAACAUUUGGGGGGGCGGAGUUUUCUAUUGGAAUUUUCACUCUUCGCUGUAGUUAGGUUCUGCAAACACUGAGUUAGCAAACAGUGAAUUUGCUCCUAAGGGAAAAACAGGGCUAGGUUCCUGGGAGCCUCUGACCCCUACAUUUUCAUCAGUUGAUCGACACAUAACCCUGUCUUAUGUGCGCUGUGUUUUAAGACACCUUCUGGAGUUUAUAUUGUUGAGUCACUACCAUGGAAUUCAUGGCCCACACCCUAUGACUGGUGCUUGAACAAAGCAUGUCAGACACACGUAUUUCCUCCGUGAGGCCCGUCAGGGCCUUCGUGGGCUGAGGACAGUAGGCAGGACUGUAGGUCUGUGGCCGUGGGCAUUGAAAACAGUGAGUCACCCACAGAAAGCACAGAAGGGUGAGAAAAGGGGCACUAAAACCACACAGAAGUCACUUGUUUGCGACCUCAGAGCUGAAACAAGCAGGCAGAGCGGCGCCCUGGGGAACGCAUCCGCAUCGUUGGUGGCUCCGAGUUUUCACUGCUCUGCUUGUGUCCAUCCGUGAAUGGCCGCAGGAUGGGUCGAGUGCUGAUGUUGGGGCCACAAACAAAUUUCAGCCAGUUCAUGAACUCGCAAGGGUGGGACCUGGAAGUAGCAAUGAGCAUUGACUCUGCUUUUGUAGGAUAUUGACAGGUUUUGGAGUCAGGCCUUGGUGAAUCUCCACCGUGGUUCUUUUUACUUGUCAUUACAGUUUGAACCUUAUUUUAUCUUUCUCUUCUAAACAGAGACAAGCAUGACUGUGCAGAGGUGUUAUUGGGAUUGCAUGAGCUUAUGUUUCCAUAGUGGUUCCAGCACCAUCUCUGUCAUGUCAUGUAGAUUAAAUAAAUGAUAGUUACUGUUAUUAUGAGAAACAUUAAACACAGAAUCUCACGAUGGAGACAAUAUUUGUAUCAUGGGUCAAAAUGCAGAACUUCAGACUUUAAAACUUCUCAGUACAUAGUUUAUCUAUAAUAUGCCUCAAUAUUUAAAGUGCUCUAUAUAUGUUACAGCCUUUUUGAUUUCUUUUAUGCCUCAUUUAUUUUUCAGCCAGCUGUUGCCUUUCAUAUGGUCGGUGAAGAAUAAUUUUGAAUUAUUUUUUAGAUUUGCAGUUACUGCCUUAAAUCUCAAAACUGAAUUGCAAACUAAAGAACUGUUCUACACAUUUCUUCCCACCUACCCCCAGUUAUUAAGUUAUUCAUUUAUAGAAAGUCUCACACUGUUUAGGAGGUUUGAGGCCAGGGUUACCUGAUUUUUAAGAAUCACUUUUUCCAUGUGCUUGAAGAGUUAACGCAGACAGAGUCCUGAGUAUUUAUGUUGAGAGGGAUUAACUGGUGCUGUCUUUCCAUCAGAAUAAAGCAACAGUUUCCGGAGCCCAGGAAACUGUUUAAUCUUCACCUCUUUUAGGAGAAUUAAGCAAAUGAUAAUUCCAAGGGAUAUCCUGGGGCAUCACCCAGAAUCUGUGCCCAGAGUGCAACUCAGAACAAUAAUCUUCAGAAUAAUGACCCACCCCGGAACCAAUCUGGAGAUAUGCCACACCCACAGAGUGCCUCUGGCUAGCCUGCCCUAAGCAUAGCAUUUCAGCUGGCCCGGAUGUCCUACUCGAGCAUCCUGAUUAAUCCUUGCUUUCUAUAGAGAUUUUUGCUGUUGUUAUUUUUUAACUGGUGCUCUGUCAACAGGUGCCACUUUUACCUAAGUUAGCAUUCAUACAGAGGUCUGUUGAAAGACCAGGAACCAAAUCAGCCCAUUUGAAAUAUAGGAGCUGAAAUCCAACAUAAAUAUUGCAUAAGAGUUAUUGGAGUCUAUCUAAAAGUUUUAUCAUUGUUUCUAGUUUUUCACAUGGCUGGAAUGAAGAAAAGGAUGGGGGGUGGGGAUGGUGGUGGUGAUUUUGUCAAAACAAGAAAAAGUGAACCUGACUUUUUAUUUAUCCAUGUUGAUCGAGUUGAAGUGUCUGAAAAAAGUAAGUGAACAUCCACGUUUAAUCUAAAUUGUCUUACUUGCUGAACAAGUCAGCAUACGGUUCAUAUUCAACAGUACAGCAGCUUGCAUCUGUUCAGAAUCUUGAGUUAGUUCAUACUUAAAGAGAAAAGGGAUUUUGCAUAUUUUUUCUUUUUCUCUGAAGUCAGGGAAGGCCAGAUUUCCUGAGUGGUGGAUCGAUAAUGAUAAUAAUACUGCAGUGAUUUACUUUGUAUGUCUUGUUCAACCUGUGUCUUAUUGUUUCUUAGGGUACUCAAGUAGGAAUAUGUAGUCUGAUUUAUAGCUUUCUAUAACCGAAGGGCCAUUUUAAAUGGACUUGGUUUAAGUAAGGGAACUAGAUAGACUUUUCUCCUAGACUAUGUAACAGAAAACACAUCUAAGAUGGUUUAUAAAAAUACAGCAUAUGUCCUCAAUGGUAUUUGACCAUGUGCUAGCUAGUUAUCUAAUAUUUUUCAAUAGAAUUCAGUAACUAAAUGCUUAAUUACAAUCUCUGUGUAUUUGUUUGUAUUCUUAAAGCAUUUUUAAUACAUUGAAGACUAUGAGAAUAUAUAUUUAGAACUGCUUACAUUCUAAAUAUACAUCAUAUAUAUUCUAUUCUAUUACUGUGUAUGUUACACAUAGUUUAGUUUUUAUCUU